AGAGCUGCGCCGCUGCUGGGGGCCCAUCGCCCAACUCUAGGUUUCCCUGACCUCUCACGUCGGGACUGGGAAGGGGCAGCCUUCCUGACUUGAGGAGGGGGCUGGGAUCUUGAUGGGCCGGCAGGAAGGAAAGAAUUAAGCGCCCUGGUAGAUUACGAUGGGGACAGGAGGCCGCCCGGGAACAGAGCAGGGCUGACUUCUUUGGCUUCGUGAGGCCCCAGACGCCUGCCCGCACCAAAAUGAAGGUCUUCCUGCCGGUGCUGCUGGCUGCCCUCCUGGGUGUGGAGCGAGCCCGCUCCCUGGUGUGCUUCUCCUGCACAAAUAAGAACAGCAACUGGUACUGCCUGAAGCCCACCGUCUGCUCCGACGCCGACAACUACUGCGUGACCAUAUCUGCAUCCGCUGGCAUCGGGAACGUGGUGGACUUUGGCUACACCCUGAACAAGGGCUGCUCCCCGAUCUGCCCCGGCCCGAGCGUCAAUCUUGGAGUGGCGUCCGUGGGCACCCACUGCUGCCAGAGCUUCCUGUGCAACAUCAGCGCAGCCGACGGCGGGCUGCGGGCCAGCACCCACGUGCUGGGCCUCGGGCUCCUGCUCAGCCUGCUGUCCGCCCUGCUGCGGCUUGGCCCCUGAUUGCCAGGACCCUGUGCCCAGCCCAGACCCCCGAAGCUCAGGAAGGAAGGAAAGCGCAGCCCCUCCUGGACCACUGGGGAUCUUGAAGCCGCCUCCUCUGACUUGUCACCUUGCCUGUCACCCCCUCCCCCUGGCUCUGGGUCCCCACAGGCAGGCCUGCCCCUGUACCUACACCUGCCAGCUGCCCACCCUUCCGGGUCAGCCUUCCUGGGGGAACCUGGGAACGGCGCCUGGGGGUUCCGGAGUCAGAACCAAGUCCUGGGGACACACUGGGAGGGGCACCUAAGCCCCAGGCCUGCCCUGUCCAGGCCCUGUUCCACCCCCAGGUACAGAAGAUGUGCUGUGUGGAUGGGUGUGUGGUCAGUGCACCCUGCCAGGCAUGGCGGGGGGC